UGUCACGCUGGAAGUAAACAAACAAAAAAUCACUUUCGCUUUACAAAACUAGCAGGAUUUUUUUAGAUUCGUCGAAAAAGUGCUUAAAAUCUAUUUUAAUUUCCAUAAUUGCACCGUGAACAUUCCUCCAUGGCGCACAUUCAGUACACCGAUGGCCUGGUGCGGGAGUACGUGCUCUUCCGGGGCUUUUCCAACACGCUCAAAUCGUUCGACGCCGAGCUGAAGCACGACAAGGACAAGAGCUUCCGGGUGGACAAAAUCAUCGACCAGCUGAUGCAGCUGAUCCAAACGCACGACCUGCAGGGACUGCGCGAUCUGUGGUCACACCUGAACAACCAUCUUUUCCGGAACCUGGAGCACAGCUACACGGCGGCGGUGAACAAGCUGGAGCAAUCGAUUCUGAAAUUCUACUUGGUAAUCGCGUACAUGUCCAACAAACCGGAUAAGAUUAACGAGUUUUUCACGAAGCUUGCCCCGGAGUUGGUUUCACAGAGCGAAUGGAAAGAGUGGUUUUUCUUCCCAUUCUGCAAAUCCCCGGAGGAACAUUCCGCUUUCGCCGUCUGCUUCACCAAGCAGUGGCAGGACACCCUACUGAUCUCGCUUCACAACUUCCUCUCCACCAUUUACCAGUGCAUGCCGCAACCGACGAUCUCCAAGGUAGAAGCGGAAAGCAGCCUGCUCCGGAAGCUCCAAGAGGAAAACGCCCAGCUUCGCGCAAAACUGCAAAGCAUCCAACAGCAAUCAGCUUCCGCUGCAGCGGCAGCUGGUUCCUCUCACCAAUCGCGAGUCACCUCGUUCAACGAUGGCAAAACGCGAUACACGUCUCGGGCGACGGUCGGAGGAAACGCCCAGUCGUUGAACGACAUCGUCCCGUUUGAUAUUCCUCCGCCGGCGCACAUCGUGGAUGAUUUUUACAUCAUUGCUCAGGAGUCGAACAAUAUUGGCGCUGCAGCGGAGUCGCAAGCCCGGGGACUGAAGUCGUUGAUCCGGAACAUUAGUUCUGGGGGAAGUCCGGUGUUGGGCCGUAAGGAUACCGGGUCCGAUCGCAACAAGCGCCGCUCCGGGAGCGUCGGCAGUCGGAGCAACUGGAUUCACGGUUAGGAGGGGAGGUUUAAGGUAGGUGGAACAUUGUGUGAUUAUUUUUGGGUAGAACUUGUGUUAUUAUAUUUUUAUUGCUAUUUAGCCAACUCAAAUACAGGAUCUCAUAUAGAA